CAAAUCGCGUCCGAGCGGCGUUGCUCCCGGGUCCUCUCAGUCUCACUCCACGCUCGGCCCCGCGCGGUCCCCACGCAGCUCCCGCUCCCAUCGCGCCGCGGGUUCAUCGCCCGGGCCGUAAACAAAUUAAGAAGCAGUGAAAAUUAAGCCGCCCAAAGUUCAGGCUCGUCCUCGAUUUCGGCCCCCUCGCGCCCGGCACUUAAGAUAAAUUAAACCGGCGCGGGCGACUUUGGAGUACUUUUCUUCCGCAUGAAAGCACGUGCUCACUCAAACGAAGAAUGACGCAGCAAGGAUGAUUUAGAUUUAAUACUUACGGUGGAAAAUACAAACUCCACGAUGAUGUGCCAUGCUUGACAAUUCAAAAUCACCUAAGUCUGAGCAGCAGCAACAAAGGACCUCAGUUUAUGAGAAACUGCAACACAACCUACAAAAUGACGAGAAGUGGAAGCAAGAAAUUAGCUUGGGAAAGCGGAUCACCCUGUAUAAACUUCAGGGUGAGAUCGGCAGGGGAAACUUUUCCCAGGUCAAAAUGGCCGUGCACGAGCUCACAAAAGAAAGAGUUGCUAUUAAAAUUCUGGAUAAAGCCAAGCUGACUGUCAAAGCACGCAGGAUGUUGGACCGUGAAAUCUCUAACAUGACGUCGAUUCACCAUCCAAAUAUCAUCAGAUUAUUUGAGGUGAUCGAAUCUUUCUCGAAACUAUUUCUAGUCAUGGAAUACGCCAGUGGAGGAGAGCUUUAUCAAAAGCUGACUGCCGUUGGGAAACUUCCAGAAAUCGAUGCCAAGACCAUUUUUGCUCAAAUUUUGUCAGCUGUCAAAUACCUGCACCAGAAUUUGAUUAUUCACCGAGAUCUGAAAGCAGAGAAUGUUUUUUGUAGCUCAAGAGGCCUGGUUAAAGUGGGGGAUUUUGGAUUCAGCACAAGGCUUGCAAACGGAUUUGAGGAGCAGCUGAAGACGUUCUGCGGUUCUCCGCCGUACGCGGCACCGGAACUUUUCCGCGACGAGUCCUACGUCGGGGGCCCGGUCGACGUGUGGGCCAUGGGAGUGCUCCUCUACUUCAUGACCACCGGGUACAUGCCCUUCCCCGCCGACUCCAUCGCCGCCCUCAAGCGCAACAUUCUCGCCGGGGUUUUCACCGUCCCCUCGCACCUCUCAUCAUCCUGUCGCUUCCUCAUAGGUCAGUAAAACCAUGAAGGUCAUUUCUAAAUAAUUACGGC